CUUUAACUUCGCUCGGUAACUGAAAUUAUGGCGGGAAACAAUUCUUGAGAACUCUCAGUUAUCUCCGCAACACUAAAACGAUCUCCUUCCUUUAUGUUUACUCUCUCCACUUUCCGUGCACCCUGCUGUAACCCUAUCAUUGUCCAACACUUGUUUACUCUCAGUUGUUUCUGUUUCCAUAAAACACAAAAUUACUUCCGCUGUUUCUGCUUCCAAAAACAACUGCAACUACCACUGCAAUCAAUGGCGCCUUCAGUCGUGGCGGAGUACGCGAAAUCGAACCGGUCGGCGUGCAAGAAGUGCUCAGAAAAGAUUGCGGCCCAGGCCUUGAGAUUGGGGUCGGUCAGCAGAGACUCGCGAGGGUUUGACUUGACCAAAUGGCAUCAUGUGGACUGCUUUCCUUUCGCUUCUGAGCCAAUUGAUUCUGCCGACAGCAUCAAGGGCUUCUCAUCGCUUAAGAGUGGUGAUCAGGAAGCUUUGAAGAAAUUGGUGGUUGAAUGCAAGAAGUCUCCCGAGGAGGUUUCAGGGAGGAGCCAAAACGAAAAUGCGAAGGUUCAGAAAACAAAUGAAGACAAAGAAGAGGUUGAAUUGGAGGAAGGAAAUUCAAAAAGAAUAAAGUUGGAUGUUAAUUUCCUUUCUGCCCUGUUUUCAUGUGAUUCCUUCAAGUUAUCAACUCCUAGUAGGGAAGCUAAUUUGGAAAUACCAUUUUCUGUCUCUGACAUCAAGGAAACCUAUAAGGACGCAAAACUGUUACCAAACUGGAAGGCCUUCCAGACAACCAUAUUUCUUGAAAGGGAUGAUGGUCUUCAUGAUUCAAAGAAAAUUGCAGCAUUUGAUUUUGAUGGAUGUCUUGCCAAAACAUCUGUGAAAAGAGUAGGUGCAGAUGCUUGGUCCCUUAUGUAUCCUUCAAUACCGGACAAGCUGCAGAGUUUGUAUAAUGAUGGCUACAAACUGGUAAUUUUCACCAAUGAAUCUAACAUUGAACGCUGGAAAAACAAAAGACAGACAGCUGUGGAUUCAAAAAUUGGACGCCUUAACAAUUUCAUUAAGCGUGUGAAGGUCCCAAUUCAGGUUUUUAUUGCUUGUGGAUUAAGUAAUUCUGAUGGUAAAGUUGAUCCCUUUCGCAAGCCAAAACCUGGAAUGUGGCAGAUUAUGGAGAAACAUUUCAACUCUGGCAUUCCAAUUGAUAUGGAACAAUCAUUUUACGUUGGUGAUGCUGCUGGUAGAGACAAUGAUCAUAGUGAUGCUGAUAUUAAAUUUGCCCAGGCCAUUGGAUUGAAGUUUUAUGUCCCUGAAGAUUACUUUGUCUCUUAAAAGAGCUUAUGGUUAGCGAUGGAUGUGUAACACGAAUUUUGCUGUUUGUUAUCACUGGAGGUCGCUGAGUGAAUUUCAGUGUGUAUAUAUAUACUUUUUUCAUCCUGGCCUGUGAUGGUUGUAACUGAAAGUUUCCAUUUUGUUUUAUAUAAUAUACAGACUUUAUACCAAGUUUAGCUUCCUCUCUCAUAAUCGUUGUUUGUAUGUGUGUAAAUAG